AUGUCUAACGGUCUUAAUGGCCAGGGUAUAUUCCCUGCAUUCCCUGGCCUGUCAGCUCGAAGCAUCCCGGAAAACCCAGAUGUUCAACGGGAGACUCUUCGGUUGCUCGUGCAGUAUUCUAGGGUCUCGUCUCUACCAGAGAACCCGUCAACUCCAGCCACCUCUGGCCAUAUAAGAGACGAGGUCCGAGAUGUCUGGCAGACUCCACGGACUGAAGUCCAGCCCAGUGAGGCCUCACCUCUCCAAAUAUCUUCUCGACUCACGCGUUCAUCAAGUGGCAGCCAUGCCACUCAACCUUCUCCUUCCCGCUCUGUCGCUCCUUCCUCUGGCAGUCCAAUCCGGGUUUCCCCUCGAACUUCAUCGCGCGCUUCCUCACGCGCUCCUUCCCGACUCCCAUCUCCUCAGUCUGUUGCUGUUUCUGUCUCUAUCUCUUCCUCGCACGGCAUCUCUCCCUGUCAUCGUGAGCGCCAACGGACUCUUAGGGAAAGUGUGGCAAUCUCAAAUGCCAGUAGGAAUGAUGAGGUAGUUGCUCCUAUGUUCAAGCAGCACUUCUCUUACCCACCGGAUACCAUGUCAUCUGCCUCCAGAACCACUCAGUCCUCGCGGUCAAUAUCGCCGACCGCUGAGCAAAAUUCCAUUCGUCGCUCUAGUCGAAAUAGAGUCAAACCAACCAACUAUUACGCCAAUCCUUGGGUCAAUGUUCCCCUUGAAUCUGAAGAACCAGACACAAAUGUCGAAGCUAUUCCGGACACAGUCACAUCAUCUCCACAGGAGCCGUGUCGCGUUGUGCCCCGUCGUGCAAAUGUCCAAAAGCUGCUAUACAGCCGUGAGCUUGGAGGAGGCGAAAAUCAUCGCCCCAUUAUCACCGAUGUGGUCUCGGAUCUGAGACCAUGGAAAUCAUGGCAAGGCGCUUCGGGUGAUCUGCUUGUUCUGGCUUGGUCGCCUGAUGGCACUCAGUUUGCGGCAGGCGCCGCAGCUAAAUCAGAUGAACAUAACAUGCAGUACAACAAGGCAAACAAUCUUCUUUUAGGCGAUCUUCAGAGCAAUCGUCUAAGGGAAAUCCCGGACCAUUGGAUUCCACGACCAACAACGUCAACAGUUGAUGACCCACGGCUUUUCAUGAGCGUCAAUAAUAUGCAGUGGAUCGGUAACCGACUCUAUACUGCUAGUUUUGACAAAACUGUCAAGAUUUGGGACGUGGAAUCAAUCCGCAACGUAUCCUGCACUCAUACCUUGCAACAUGAAUCCCGAGUGGCAGUGAUGUCUGUCUCGAAGUUCUAUCCGUAUCUAUUGGCUACAGGGACAGAGUCAAUCUUGGUCUGGGACACAGAAGAUCCAGAAAACUUGACAUCGACUCUCCUUCCCCUCGACCGCGAUGCACGGUAUAAGCCCAAUAUUGAGUUCUCAUCAACGGCCCUCGCCUGGGGAAAUACUCCGUCGACCAAGGAAUACUUGGCCGGAGGUCUGGCUGAACCAGGGGAGGAUCCAAUAUACAAAGGUCACCUAGGCUUAUGGCGAGCCCACCAAUCUUCAAUUGAGACUAUCAGGAUGGCUUCCAACUCACAAAAUGUCUUCGACAUUAAGUGGCACUCUUCAUUGCCCAUGUUUGCAACGGCCAGUCCUGAGGAUCCUCACAACGCACGCAUUAAGGGUAUCGGCAUUACCACAAAAUCCAUUGUGAGAGUGUUUAGCCUCAAUUGUGACCUCCAAAAGCGUGUGCCGUCCGUGAUGGAAUUUUCCUGUCCGGCAUUGGAUAUCAAUGAGGUCAGUUUCUGUCCAAUGGAUUCAAAUGGCACGUAUGUCUCCGCUAGUUGCACAGAUGGCAAAACCUAUGUUUGGGAUAAUCGGAAGGGUGAUAGAGUUCUUCACGAACUGCGUCAUAAGCCCCCCCUUAACCCAAUUGAUCACCAACGAAGCCGGGAAACGGCAGACGUGGGCGUCAGGGUAGCUCUGUGGGGUUCGUCGAUGGACCAAUUCUACACCGGUGCGUCCGAUGGUGUUCUCAAACGAUGGGAUAUCCGCCGGUCACCUGAAGAUGUCCUCCUUGAGGACGUUGCAUCUUUUGAUGAGGAGAUCAUGUGCGCAUCCUUCACCGAUGACCAAUCUCAUCUCCUCGUCGGGGGUUCCGGGGGAGGCGUUCACGUCCUGUCAUCGGGACCUUGUUCGAAUCCGAACAUCACAACUUUCGAGUUCGAACACGCCCCAGAGCCCGAAAAGCCUAGUGAUAGUGGCGUCGUUGCGGGAAAUCAGCUUAUCUCAUCCGGCCAGGUUGUUAAGCACGAAACAUUUGGUAUGGGCCAAGGGCCCUCUUACACGGGGCCUUUUGCCUUGUGGGCUAGGAACGUUAAACAAGGCAUUUCUUCUGAUAGAAUUGGGGAUCUCCCUUUGCUCACAAGAUACCAAAGCCAACAGCUCGAUGGACCGCCGUUAGAAGACCGUCCAGAACUCGAUUUCAAUCAGCGACGAGAGGUCAGAAGACAAAUACAACUUGCCGAAAUACGAAAUCGAGGAUUCCAUAAGAGAAAACGCCAGGAGCAUAAUGAUACUUCUACGUUGAUCUUCCAGGGCCCCAUAUCUUUUUCUUCCCUUGGCUCUUCCCGGCCGGGGAAGAAGAGGAAGCAAAAAGCCGGGAAAACGGAAGUGAAACCGGAAAAGAAAAAGAGAUCUCGGGCGGAAAAGAAGGCUCGCAAGGUUGCGCGUCGGAUAAUCAACAACACAGAAAAUGUUGACCUUACUCUCCUGGACUCGGAGACAGAGAUGGAGACGUCAAACCGACGUCGGUUUGACCUCGAGGAACUACUUGAAGUUCUUGAGGAAGAUAACUGGUUCCCGGCUAGCGGAGAAAUUGAUCCGAACAUCCAACAGGAGAUCGUCUGA